GUCCCGCUCUGCGCUGCAGUGACUGUGCGCACAUGAUUAUUGAACAGCUGGAAGGGAAGCAGACCUGUAACACCUGCACGGGAGACGCAACGCAGCGCUUCACUUUUCAUAAUCCCGGGAAGAUCCAGAGAUGAUGCCCCGUCUGCCGGGCGGUGGCAGGACAGCGUGCGGGACGACUGGCACCUUUUUGUCUGCGUGUCUGGUCUCCGCUUGUCAAGCCCUGCGGAGCUGUGGGGAGGUCCAGUGCGGCGAUGGCCAGCAGUGCUGUCCACCCAUCAUCACCGGAAACGGCAGUGCCAGCGCCGCGGUGCGCUGCUGCAAGCUCCCCAUACACGUUUUCUUCGACAACGUAGGCUGGUUCACGCGGAAGCUGUCGGGCAUUCUGAUCCUGUUGCUGCUCUUUGCCAUGGGCUACUUCAUCCAGCGGAUCAUCUGCCCGCGGCCCCGCAGGAACCCCAACAAUGACCGCAGCGAGGAGCCCUCCCUCUUUCACGGGCACGCAUCGGCGUCCCAGGACUCCCUGCUGGACCGGUACCCCGAGUACAGCAUCGGAGACUUUGCGUCACCGAACCUGCCAGCCUACGACGAGGUCAAAUACUUGCCCACGUACGAGGAGAGCAUGCAGGAGAUGCACAGGGACCGCUCCGACGAUAACUUGCUGUCGGAAAGCGAGAGUGGGAGUCGGGGCAGGGGGAGAGCGGCGGGACCGAGAGCCGGAGAGCAGAGACGGGAAGUCCUGGAGGUGUCAGGACCGCAACACAGCCCAAGGACAUCUCGGAACUCUGUCUGAUGGAAGACAAGAGAUUGGGCAAAGCUACACAAGACAAUACAGCAUUCUUAUUUUAAUAUAAUCAGGGUAAUUAUCUUGCAGAGAUAUAAACUCAAGUGCAAUUAUAAUCCUGAGUGUUCAGAAUAAAGGGGGAGGCUGAGAAAAAAAGUACGUGUUCAGUCAGAUUAUAAGGGAUUACCCGCCUUUUGUAUGCAAAUAACUGCGUGGGUGAAGUGAAGGAGAUUAUAAAAGAAGCGAAGGCGUCUGAAAUGUAUGCUCUUUGUGUUGGGGACAGCUAAUUUGGCUGCGGUACAAUCGCAUUAAGUUUUACUUCAGCACCUCAAUUUUAAGUGGCACCGUGAAACAGUUAUUCUUCUUUCAGGUCUCGAUGCUAAAUAUUCUGCUGGACCUGAAUGACCUUCUUUUCUUCCAAGUUUCUUCAUUGAAUUUGCAUACAAAAGAGGGAAUAUUUAGAUUUAGUGUCUCCUCAGUAACCUGAAAUGUGGCCUGAGUGAAGGGAGGAGUAUCUAUUUUAAUACCUUCAUAGGCUCACUUUUUUUUUUAUCAGCCAGCUUUAGAGCCUGUUAAUUUAAAUCUUAUCACAAACACACUUCAUGGGGGGGGGGGGGGGGGGGGGGGGGGGAGGCAGACAGGAGUGUGUGUUAUCAGUGACCUGAACCAUGUCUGAUACUGCAAAAAAAAAAAAAAAAAGUCAAGCCAAAGCAGAUGGGGACAUUUUAUUUUAAAAAGAAAGAAAAAGACGCUCUGAUCCUGGGAGCCCCAUUGCCCGGAGGCUACAUGUAUCAGCCUCUCCAGGGUUCUGAAUUUAGGUGGGAAAAAACAAUGGCAAAGAUUAAAGCUCCCAUACUGAUUGGGUGUAAACUGCCAAGAGACAAAGUUGUAUUUGGUUGAUAGAAUGUCAGACAAGAUCACACACUACCUGCUGCCCUGAGCAGAUCUAAAAGCUGCACAGCUCAGACAGGGGUGUGACAGUGACAGGAGGCAGACUAUAGGGUCUACUUGUGUGUUAACCAUUUGUGUGAAACUGUCCGCUUUUAUGUUCCGAUAACUAACUAGGUAAGAAGGUUAUUUUGUGCUGCUGCAAACAUAAAACCAAGCUGACACUGCUCACACCUCAUUCCAUCAGGCUUGGAUUAGAGCUGUAUUUGUUUUUUUUAAUGUGUCCAUUAAAAUGCCUCACUGUGCUAAAUUAUUUUAAAAAAAAAUGUCUUUAUACAUUACUUUGGCAUUAAAUGGGCACGUUGUAAAGAAUCACACUUUUGAAAUCCUCUCUCCAGACAAGGCAUGAAGAAAUGUAGCAGGCCGAGGAGAAGACAAAAAAAAUAAACGCUACACAAGAAGAAUUUCCAUUAGGGCUGUAAUGCAAUGUUUACUCUUACUAACAAAGAAACAAAGAUUAUCUUUACGACUGGUCAAUAAAAUUAGAUUGAUUUGUCUCAACACAGGUUCCCAGAGACUGAGAUGAAAUCUUAAGGCUGCUUGUUGUGUUUAACCAACAAAAUGAUAUUUAGAGAACCCUUAAAGAGCCCACAAAGUUUCACAUUUUGAAGGGUGGAAUCACCUUUUCUUUUCUUUUUUUUUUGCUUAAAAAAUAUCAAAUUGAUCAUUCAGAAUUAAGAAUUAGGUAUGUUGCUAAGAAUAGGUGGCAAUUUAUUUUUCAUGAAAUCAGCUGAUCUACUACUACUUAGGUCUCCGAAGAAAUGAAAUGGUUCUUUAUGAGCACAAGCAACAUGUUAAAUGUAACGCAACUGAUUUAUUUGAGAAGCUCCAGGUUGGCUAUUUUAUCCUAAAUUAUUUUUUUUAAGGUUUUCAAACGUGUAAGAGCAAGUUGCUACUAAAGCAUCAGUAUCAGCUGAACACCAAGACAUUACAUUUAGAGACCUUGAGCUCCUCUAAUGGUGCUGCCACUAAAAGUCUGAGCGCGAUUGUGGUGGCUUUUGUAAUCCAAUACUGCUGGACCAUGAUAGUGAGCACUGAUGGCUUUGCUUUCCACAGGGAGCAUUGUGGGUAGGUGGAGUUUGCACUUAGAAGCACUAAAUCCAAACUUAAAACCACUGAUGGUUGAGCGAUGCAGAGUAUGUGACCCCUAAGAUAUGUGAAGCCGUGUACUCGUGUGAUAUGUGAUUUGAUUUCUGUAAAAGAGGGAUUUCAAACGUAGCGCAGACUUCUACAGAUCCAGGGAUCUUUGCCAAUGGUCCAGUUAUUCUAUUGCUCACUGGGCUGGCAAACAGAUAAACCAUAAAGGUCAAAUCAAUGAGCAUUAUCCUCCUCUUAAACUCGCAUUCGAUCCAGGAAGUGUAUUUUUAGAGCAGCAGCGUUGUUUGGCUAUCGAUCGAACAGAUGAAAACUUGCUAGUCAGUGAAUAUGAGAAUACAGCCCUGAGGUUUAAUAAAAGAUGAGUGUAUUUGAUCUUUUGUUAAU